CGGCGGCGGCGAGAGGUGGGGCGCGGCCUGUGGCCGGGCGGGGCAACCGCCGGGCGGGCUCCUAGCUGGGUCGCGCUGUAGUGAGGUGGCCUUGUUCCGACCCAGCGGGUGACCCAGAGGUGUCCCGAUAUGCCGAGGCCAGACCCGUGCAGCUCACCUCUCUGAGCCGGUCUCAGCGCCGAAGGCCCGGAGGGAGGCCAUGGCGGAGUCCUUGGAGCCCGGGCGGCGGGCGUCUCCGGGCGGCGGGCGCCUGGAGGAGGAGGACGAUGACGAGGAGCGGGAACCGCUGCUGCAGCGGAUCGCCUGGGCCCAGCCGCGGAAGGCCGCUCCGGGCAGCGCCGUGAGGCUGGUGGAGACUGCCCGGGAGGACGGCGCCGCCUCCCCGGGCGAGGCCGGCGACAAGGAACUGCUGCUCCGGCCCAGGGACGCGCCCCGCUGCCCUUCCCGGAGCGUGCGGACCCUGCGCAGCUCGUCCGCCCGCCAGAACCGGAAGCGCCCCGUGGGCUCAGAGUUGAAUACAUUCUUGGAUGAUCCAGAAUUUGCUGAUAUUAUAUUGAAAGCAGAGCAAGCAAUAGAAUUUGGAGUUUUUCCAGAAAGAAUCUCUCAAGGUUCAAGUGGAAGUUACUUUGUGAAGGAUCCUAAGAGGAAAAUUAUCGGUGUGUUUAAACCCAAAUCAGAAGAGCCUUAUGGUCAACUGAACCCAAAAUGGACCAAGUAUGUUCAUAAGGUCUGCUGCCCUUGCUGCUUUGGUCGAGGCUGCCUGCUUCCUAAUCAGGGAUACCUUUCCGAAGCUGGGGCCUUCCUUGUGGAUAGAAAGCUUCAUCUGGGCAUUGUACCUAAAACAAGGGUGGUUUGGCUUGUCAGUGAGACAUUUAACUACAGUACAAUUGACCGUGCAAAAUCUCGAGGCAAAAAGUAUGCUUUAGAGAAAGUGCCAAAAGUAGGUAGAAAAUUUCAUCGGAUAGGCCUCCCUCCUAAGAUUGGUUCCUUUCAGUUGUUUGUUGAAGGUUACAAGGAGGCUGAAUAUUGGCUUAGGAAAUUUGAAGCUGACCCUUUGCCUGAGAAUAUUAGAAAACAAUUUCAGUCACAGUUUGAACGAUUAGUUGUUUUGGAUUACAUCAUCAGAAAUACAGACAGGGGAAAUGAUAAUUGGUUAAUCAGAUAUGAAAAGCAGAAAUAUGGAAAGGAAAUUAAGGAAGCAGAAUGGAUUGAUGAUAGAGAACCACUUAUUAAAAUAGCUGCAAUUGAUAACGGUCUGGCAUUUCCUUUCAAACAUCCUGAUGAGUGGAGAGCAUAUCCAUUUCACUGGGCUUGGCUUCCUCAAGCAAAAGUUCCUUUUUCUGAAGAAAUAAGAAACUUGAUUCUACCGUGUAUUUCUGAUAUGAACUUUGUGCAAGAUUUAUGUGAAGAUCUUCAUGAACUUUUUAAGAUGGACAGACGAUUUGACAAAGCCACUUUCGAAAGUCAGAUGUCUGUGAUGAGGGGUCAGAUCUUAAAUCUUACUCAGGCAUUGAGAGACGGGAAGAGCCCUGUCCAGCUGGUGCAGAUGCCGUGCGUGAUUGUGGAGCGCAGUCGAGGUGGAAGUCAGGGUCGGAUUGUCCACCUCAGCAAUUCCUUCACCCAAACUUUCCAUUGCAGGAAGCCGUUCUUUUCCUCCUGGUAGCAGAUGUAAGAUCCAAUUUAUAUGGCCUCAGCUGGAGAACCCAAGAUGGGUAGAGAAGAAAGAUGUUCUUCCUCUUCUGAAAGAUGGACUGGAUUCUGGUGGAGGUUCUAUUCCUAAUUUGGAGAGGUUAUUUGUUUUCCCGUGUGUGUGUGUUUGUGUUUACUUAUUGAUUUAACAGUGCUGCCACUCAGAGUUGCUCCUUUGCCGUGUUCCACGUUGAGUGUUUUUCACGCUGUGUCGAACAUCUUCUAUCUGCUCCUGCAGAUCUACUCUCCUCUCUUGCCCUCCUGCUGUCUGCUCUGGGAGGCCGACCUUUGUGGACGCCAUCAACAAGCACCUCCAUGUCUCACCUCGGGUUGUUUUUGGCCAAUAGGAGACGUGGAGAGAUGGAAGGUCUGAGGGCCAAUGGAAGAGAGUGAGGCUGGAGUGUUUACCCCCACAGCCUCCUCCCUGUGUGCUUGUCAUGGUUGGCUGAGGCCCUCUGCUGAGGCCAUGGCUCUUGUAGGGCUGCCCUUUCCAUAUAAUUAUUCUCUUUGGGUUCCAGUAACUUCUGUCUCCCCUUGGCCCUGCGGACCCAGGGGUGGAAAUGGCUCCCUGCUCUUAACAGCCCUGAGGGAAUGCACACUCCCUGGGUAGUUUACCUUAACUCUGCCCUCAACCUGGGUAACAGUCCCCUUAAGAGUAAACAAACAAACCCAUAGAUAAGGAGAAGAGAUUGGUGGUUACCAGAAGGGAAGGGGGUGGGUGGAGGGCAAAAGGAGGAAAGGGGCACAUGUGUAUGGUGACGUGAUGGAUGGAAACCAGAGUUUUGGUGGUGAACACGAUGCAGUCUAUCCAGAGACUGAAAUAUAAUGACGUACACCUGAAAUUCACACAGUUCUAUAAACCAAGGUGACCGCAAUAAAGUAAUUUUGAAAACGAGAAACUCCCCUCAAUUACCCCACUUGAGGGUGCCAUCUGUUUCCUGCCAGGGUCCUGAAUGUCACACAUGAGAUCUCCUUUCAUUCUUCCUGAAACUGGGAAGAGAUACGUAUUAUUAUCCCCACAGUACACCUGGGAGAUGCUCAGAGAUGUGAAACCACUUGCCUGAAGUGACAUGAUUCAUUUGUGAACGGUGGAGCAGGAUUCCAGCGGAGCCCCGUGUGGCUCGGCUGCACCGCCCCUCCCCAGGCUGGGCUGUACUGGAUUACCUUUACCCUUUGCCGACCCUCUGGACUCUCCUGAAAUGAAAUUCAUGGGUAAUCUACCUAAAUGCCUACUUUUGAAUAAAAUAUAUAAAGUAUUUAAAAAUAAAAGGACAGUUACUUCAAUAGAAUAUGUAUUUCAAAUGUAAGUGCUCAGCAUGACCACACUGUUAUGUUACAAUGAAGUAGUCAGAUGCAUAUACUUUCUUAUAAUGAGUACAUUUGGAUUUAAGUAAGGCAAAACUGAAUUUUUUCUUUAUAUAUGACAUUUUGAAAUCAGGACAUUCAUGUGGAAUCCCUGAGGUGGAUAAGAUUUUUGCUCAGAAAGACUCACUCUCUCCCCUCUACCUCCGUGGGAGGAGGGUACCUUCUUUCCCACCCCUUGAUUUGGGGCUUGCCAAUGUGGCCUGCUUUGGCCAAGUGGGACCGUCGCAGGAAGACCGAAAUGAGGCAUGAAAUGUGCUGUGCGGUGGGACUUGCUCUCUUGUGCCUCUGCCAUUAUCCUGAGAGGAGCCUCUCCCAGGCGUCUGCUGCCCCUUCAGAAGAGACACAUGGAGCAGACCGGGGCCCAACCCAAGCUCCGAGCCAAGCCCAGCUGACCAAGUCUGCAGCAGAACCACCCAGCUGAGCCCAGCCUGCCCCGGAUGCAUGGGGGAGAAGGACUGACUGUUGUUUUUAAGCCACUAAGAUUUGGAACGGCCUGUUACACCGAAAUCGCUGAUCAUCCUGAACUUAAUGGCUAUGAAAGCAGAUACAGAUGGGCUCCACUGAGGAUUUGGAUAACAUGAGCCAUGUUGUUUUGGUCAUGUGAGUUUUCCACAAUGGUGAACAAUUUUUUUUCUGGACAAAGUAAAGUAUAAUUUCCCCAUGAUAUAUGCAGUAGAUGCAGUCCUGGCAUAUUCAGAUAUGUUAAAACUGUACAAAAAUACUUUGUGUAAAUCAAAGUUAGAUCCUAGACUUAAACUAUAAACAGGUUUUUCACCUCCAUAAAUGUCUGCCCAGACUCUAAAAAAAAUUGUGCCGGACUUAGAGUAAUAAACUAUUUAUUUCACAA